CCAGUGUUUUGCUGGCUGCCAGGUGGUGGAAGGAAAUGGGCUAAGUACUGCAUGCACUGGUAGCAGCACGCAGCAAACUCAAAACUUCAUUUCAAGCGCGUGGAGGCCUGAACUGGCUUAGAAGGGAAACUUGCGCUGGCAGAGCUGACAACGACCGUAGUAAUAAUUAUUCCAAGCUGCUGCUGCCCUCCACGCCUCCACAGCGGAAGAUGAAACAUGGCCACCAGGGGCGCUACAGCUGAGGAAGAAGACUUGAUAAGCGAGGUAGUGCGCGAGCAAGCGGAGCUGUGUGAGCAGGCCAAGGAGUACCGCAGGUGCAGUUUAGCUGAACGCAUCGCCAGAGCGACAGCGUACCGCGCUAAGCAACUGCGAAGAUGGGAUGAGCGCGGCUGCCCUCUUCUGUUGAGUAUUAUUGGCAACAAGAAAAGAGAACCAACUCUUGUCAAGUUCAACGGCAGCUACUCGCUCAUUGAUGCUAGCUCAAGAGAUGAUAUUGACGAAGUUCGUUCCUUGCUGGAGGAAGGUGCAGAUCCUAACUCUGUCAACUUUGAUGGCCUGUCCGCUUUACAUCAGUGUUGCAUUGAGGACUCACCAGAAAUUGCUCAGCUCUUGAUCGACUAUAAAGCAGACGUCAACCUGCGUGAUAAUGAAUGGUGGACACCGCUGCAUGCAGCUGCCAGCUGUGGACUGCAACACAUAGUGGAACUGCUGCUAGAUAAUGGAGCGUGUGUUGCUGUGCUUAACAGUGAUGGUGAUCUGCCAAUCGACAUGGCCGAUACGACGGCCAUAUUUGAUUUAUUGAAAGAUGCGCAGGUGGAGCAAGGUUAUUCAGAUGAAGACAUAGCUUACCAGAGAUAUGAGUUGGAAGAGAAGAUGACAUCGGACUUGCAGAAAGGACUGAUAAAGCCAGAUGAUCGAGAUAGAAUGCAGGCUACUCCGUUACACGUAGCAGCGGCGCAUGGUUUGGACAAGGUGGCAGAGUUGCUUCUCCAUCAUGGUUCCAAUGUCAAUGCUAGAGAUCUUGAUGACUGGACAGCAGCACACGCAGCAUCUUGCUGGGGUCAUGCAAGUGUGCUGGCAGUCCUCGCUAAAUAUGGUGCUGACUUUGAUGCAAGAACAAAGAACUACGAUACCCCUUACAGUUUAACGGAAGAUCCAGAGCUGCAGGCAGUGAUUAUGGACUUGAAACUGCAGGCUGUUGAUAAACUGGCCAGCAGGAAAGCAAAUCGCAGCAAGCGAAUGACUACUAGUAGCAGAGGACACUCUGUAAAGCGUAGCACUUUGGAGAGAAAGAAGUCUCUGUCUCGGCAUGAAGCUAAGAACGAGGCAAUGCAGAGAGUCCAGGCACAGCAGCAAUUUGAAACUGGGCAAACUUUUGACAAUGAUGAAGCGGCUUCAAAACCACCACCGGCAGAGGCAGCACCAGCAGAGGCAGCAGGGAAAGCACCAGCGUUAGCCUGGGAGGUCCCACCGAAGACGAAAACCAGCGAUGUAAAAGCAGAAAGCAAUGAUGCUGCUGUACGAGGUGAAGUUGCCCAAGCAGCCACUGGAAAGGAAUCCAACGCCGACGACGCUCCAUUCCAACAGCAGCAAUCCAGUGCACAACUUAUGCCCAAAGACCAAGACAACGGGACAGUCGCCACACAAGAAGACGAGGACAAAUCGUGCUGCACCAUUUUAUAGCCGAUGUGCAGCGUCCAUUCGCGUGGCGGCAGCACUUGAUGUCUAUCUUGCUUGUGGGUAUCUAGCUCUACACUCGUCAAUGGCGGUAAAAGUCAUUGUGAUGAAAUAUAUGUUCUUUACUUGCCAUAACUUGUGCAGUUGACAAGAAACGAAUCAAACAAAAAUGAGAAUUUCUAUUCUAGCAAUUCUGGAUAGGGCGCACUGUGAGGUCUCAGUUUGAUAUAUGUCUAGUGAAUAAUACGCUGAUGCCUCUAGUGAGUAAUAAUUCAAUUCAGGAAUAUAAUCUUCUGAUCAAUAGGAAAUAGCAGUGCUUGUUUAUCUGCAUCUUUAAUAGAUAGAUAUUUGAUUGAUUUUACACAUUUAUUCAAUUUGAUCUUUCCAUUCCGCAUAGUUUGUAUUCUCAACUACAUAUUUAUGCACAACAGAUCUCUCCUAUUCAUCAAAUAAAUAAUAUUCCUUUUAGGUAGGUGUCUUCACAAGGACGCAACUAAUAAUAAUCAACUGGCAACAUGCUGUUCAGAGCAUGGGACGAAACACAUUUUAAUGUGUUUUAAAAGAUCAGUCGUCAUUCUUUACAUACACACUUCCAUUCAGCAAAGCAAACUACACCGUUGCCUUUUGUCUGUCAUUUUCUACCUUGA